AUGGCCUUUCAUGAUGCGCACGAAACCUUCUUCCUAGACUGUGAUGAAUCACUUCACGCACGCAUCGACGCUCGUACGGCCGCCAAGAUGAUUGCAAGACACAGACAAGACAUCAUCUCGGGCGAAUUGUCACGGCUCGCUGGUGAGGAAUACUUGGAGGACAUCAUGCAGCACAUGGGACAGAUGGAGGAGGAGACUCUUCCAGACGCCAGCCUGAUAGACAUGCAACGGGAGAUUCAAUGGUUUAUGAGGCCAUACCUGAUCGAUUUCUUGGUUGAGGCUCAUGCAGCCUUUGCCCUUUUACCAGAAACCCUGUUUCUCACCGUCAACCUCUUGGACCGCUACUGCUCGAAGCGAAUUGUGUACAAGCAGCAUUAUCAGUUGGUUGGCUGCGCCGCCUUGUUGAUUGCCGCCAAGUAUGGUGACAAGAAAGACCGUGUUCCGCAGAUUCAUGAACUGAACAAUAUGUGCUGUGGCCUGUACGACGCAGGCAUGUUUACGCAAAUGGAGAUGCACGUUUUGAACACGCUCGAAUGGACUAUUGGUCAUCCCACGGUCGACUUCUUUUCGAAAUUGAUGAUCGCCGAAGAGCACGACGACCGAGAGGUGGAGCAAAUGGCUGGCUACCUCGGCGAGAUCGCCUUGUACCACAGAGACUUUGUUUCAACGAAGCCAUCGACAAUGGCCCGUUCAUCACUGGCACUUGCAAGAGCCAUUCUUGGCCGUCCAGAGGCGCACGACGGUGACUGGAACCACUUGGAGAACCUCACCCUGCUCACGCUUUCGCAACACCUCAACCAACCGUCUCCGACUCUUGCCCGCAAGUACUCGACACCCAACAUGUCCCGAGUUUCGCAAAAACUGGCCGACUUCAUGGCCGAGCAGGCGGCCAUGGCCGCACGGCAUGCUCAUCCACCGUCACCGCCAACCGAGGUGACCUCGAAACAGGCCGACAUCUACAGCACGCCUCAAAAGGGUCACGGUGCCAUGAUUGGUUUCCAAGGCUACCUGACACCUCCGAUAACUCCUGAUGGCGCUUGUUUCGGCAUCGAAAACCACAAUGGAGGCAGGGAUACCUAUGCUAUGCCCCCACGCUGUCCCGUCACCCCGACACCUCAACAUCACCACACGAGCUAUCCACAACAGGCACGACAGUAUCUGAUGAGCUUCCCUAUGCCCUAUCAAUCACACGGGAGCCAUCUGCAAUGA